AUGAGAGCAAAAACAGAUCCUGCAUUUUGUGAUUAUUUGUUAAGAAUUGGAAAUAGACAAGAACGAGUCAAUUCAGCAAACAAGAUUGAAAUUCCAGAUUCUUUGAUUAUUCCUUACACAACUGAAAAAGAAUCCCUCGAUAAACUAUUCACAGCGACGUAUUCAAAUUUGGAUUCAUUAUGCUCUAAUUCAUUUUGUACAGAUUCGCGUGUGAUCUUGACAAUAAUAAAUGAUUUCGUCGAUGAAAUUAAUGACAUGCUUAUUGAUCGAUUUACUGGAAAAUCAAAAAUAUUUAUUGGCACCGAUGAAGCUAUUGAAUUUAAUAACCAAACACAAUUUGAAGAUCUACUACACACUUUAAAUCCUCCUGGCUUGCCCCCUUAUAAAUUAUGUUUGAAAGAGAAUUGUCCAAUUAUAUUAUUGCGAAAUUUAAAUCCAUGUGAAGGUUUAUGUAAUGGCACGCGAUUGACUUGCUGUGAUUUUAAAAGCCAUGUGAUCAGCGCUAAGAUUACGACAGGUGAUUUAAAAAAUAUGCACGUGUUUAUCCCCAGAAUUCCAUUAUUAUCAUCGCAGGAUGAAAAAAUGCCUGUGCAAUUUAAAAGAACGCAAUUUCCUGUUCGACUAUGCUUUGCUAUGACAAUAAAUAAAGCACAAGGCCAGACUUUAGAUUUCGUUGGAAUUUAUUUGCGGGAACCUGUAUUUUCACAUGGUCAACUUUACGUUGCCUUAUCGAGGGCAAAGAGUUUAAGUUGUGUGAAAUUAUUGAUCCGACCGUCUAUGCCAAGUACCGAUGACGAUCAUUCUACCUCUAAUAUAGUAUACGACAAAAUUAUUCAGAAGGCAAUCCUUUGA